AUGAGUACAUCUGCACUCCACCCCCCAGCAACACCCACUUUCAUCCUCCGCGGCCACGCCGCCCCCAUUCACGCACUACAAAUAUUCAGCCAAAACCUUCGACUUGUGUCUGGCGAUGCCGACGGCUGGAUCGUCGUCUGGGACCUUAUUUUUAAGCGCCCUGUAGCGGUAUGGAAGGCGCACGAGGGUGCUGUUCUUGAAGUCAAGGGGUUCAGCCUCGGGGGCGGACGCCUGACUGAGAUUUAUACCCAUGGACGAGACCACAAGCUACGAGUUUGGCGAUUCAGAGUACAGAAUGAGGAGAUCCUCCAGAAAACCCUGCCUGUUGAUGCGAAAGACCAAACUAGCCAGACCCAGACCCAGAUUCAACCCUGGCUUAUUCAUUCCCUACCAGUAAACGCGUUGAACUUCUGUGCUUUCUCUAUGCUCUCGCUUCCCUCUGAAACAAACGCUCCGCAGGGCAAUGAUGAAGGACAGAGUGAUAUCCCACCAUCCUCCGCCUUGAUCGCUGUUCCGAACGCCCUCGACUCAGGCGCGAUCGACCUCUUCCAUCUGCCUGGCGAACGAAGGAUCUGCACCAUCCCGACCGAUCCUGCCGUGAAGACAGGAAUGGUCAUGGCGGUGCAGCUGAUUCGGUCUCCGUGCUCAAGGGAUCUCUACGUCGCCGCUGCGUUCGAAGACGGCCAUGUUAUGGUUUCCGCUUGCCGCGGGGUGUUCCGUGACACCGGACUCUUGGUCGACGCCGCUAAGAGCUGGAGAUGGGAACGGCUCUACCUUGCCAGACCACAUUCGCAGCCUGUUCUGUCCAUAGAUCUCGUUCCGUCUGGAGAGUACUUUCUCUCUUCGUCUGCUGACGCCGUCUUGGCGAAACACCCUGUCGCUCAAGCUGGAGCCGCAGGCGCCCACGAAACGCCUUUGAAGAGUGUCAAUACGAAGCACGCUGGGCAACAAGGUUUAAAGGUUCGAUCGGAUGGGAAGAUCUUUGCUACGGCCGGUUGGGACUCUCGAGUUAGAGUUUAUUCGUGCAAAUCUAUGAAGGAACUGGCUGUUUUGAAGUGGCAUAAGGAGGGGUGUUAUGCCGUGGCUUUUGCCGAUGUUUCAUCCAUGCCUGCUGAUACUACAGUCUCACCAAGUACUACAGAACAGGUGCCCGAGAAGGGAGAAGAAGAAGCCACUGGCAAAACAGCCAUCAUACAACGUGGCGGCAACGACUUCUCACUAACUCAAAUCCAACGCCAACGGAGCCUAAAGGUCCAAAACACACACUGGCUAGCGGCCGGCUCAAAAGAUGGAAAGAUCUCAUUGUGGGAUAUCUAUUGA